CAAACAAAUCGAAAAGUCGCAACCAAGGUGUGUAUAUAUAUUAUUAAUAUUUAUACGCACCUUGGUCGCAACUGGCGCAAUAUUCUCGAAUCAAGUUAGCCCUCUAAAUAUUUAUUGUGUGUUGUCAGAGCAAAUAAUAAUACUCCAAAUACUAUUGCAACAAUUAUCGUUAUGUUGUUUCCCGAAGAUACAUAUUUUAAUGCCCUUCGCCGGAAUGAAGAUUUCGAGCGGCUCCAGGUGGCUUAUGAAUACAAAUCGGAUAAAUUCCACUUCAAAACAAAGGAUUUCGCGAAGCAAUUCGCUCACAUUUACUCAUCACGUCUGGAGCAAAUGGUUGGAUUGUUACAAACUCGUAUCAAGCAGAAAUGGGGUGACAAGUACCCUGUCAAACAACUGGCCGACCUAAAGGAGGAUAGUCCGGAACAGUGUAUCAUUAUCGGUACGCUGUUCAAGCAUCAGGAACUGAAGCCCAGUAUUCUGCGAGAAAUCUCCGAGGAGAAUCAGCUGGCUCCGCAGCCUCCACGGUCACACUACAGUGACGAGGCCGACAUUCUUAUCCUGGAGGAUGCGUUGCAGCGGAUUCGUCUUUUCGGAAAACUGGAUGUUCACUCUGUUGUCACUGGCGUAGUUUGUGCAGUGUUAGGUUACGAGGAUGGCGAUGGGCGCUUCCGCGUAGAUGAGUACCUGUUUUAUGAGAGCGGUCCCCAAAAGUCGUUGGACUCGUUAAGUAGUUCUCCUCUAGUUGUAUUUAUAUCAGGCUUGAAUCAGGCCUCGCCAAAUGAUCUUUCUAUGCCUAUGGAACUGCUACAGCAGUGGAUUUUUGGAAACCUCGAAGGUCUUUGCGAGGCUCACGAUUGGGAGGCAGCUUGUGUUGUACGAGUGAUCAUAGCUGGCAACUCUGUAAAGUCAGCUGUUAAGCCGAAAAAUAACUUCCACGGCCGAACCACGAACGAUGGCAACGAUCUGACGAACGCUGUCCAAUCGGUGGAUACGUUUGUCCACAACUUGUGUCAAUCGGUGAACGUGGAUCUCAUGCCGGGCGAGUUCGAUCCAGCGAAUCACAUGUUACCGCAGCAGCCAAUGCAUCAUUGCAUGUUUCCAAAGGCAGUGCCUUUCAGGAGUUUCAGGGGCGUUCCAAAUCCGUACGCGUGUAGCAUUGCCGAUCGUGAAAUUUUCGGUACAUCCGGGCAGAAUGUUCACGAUAUUUCUCGUUAUUCCAAGAUUGAAGAUCCAUUGGAAGCUUUGAAAAGCACGCUGGUUUGGAGUCACCUUGCACCUACUGCUCCGGAUACUUUGCCCUGCUACCCAUACUACCAGCAGGAUCCGUUUGUAAUUGAUGAGCGUCCACAUAUAUACUUUGCCGGUAAUACCGGUGUGUUCAGGACGGACUUGAUGGAAGGUACCGACGGUCAGCGAACGCGGUUGGUUUGUAUUCCAACUUUUGUGGAAACACAUUCUGUGGCUGUGGUGAAUUUAGCUACUCUUGAUUGUCGAGAGAUUUCCUUUAAAAUUAACAGUUUUGAUGAAGAAGAGUAAUAUGUAAAUUGUAUCAAAUAAAAGUACAUUGAAUAACGAA